GGUUACCACGCAUGCGCAACCGGGACACGCUCUUGUGGCCCCAACUCCGAGGCCGUCCUUGCUGACCACUUGGAGUCCGAUGUUGUGGGUUCCAGUACUAUCUCCGACGCCUAUAAAUUGUGGCACCCUGUCGUGACAUUUAAUAACAAUAAUGAUAAAACAGCCAUCCAUCUAGCGCUUUAAGUACAUUGUCUCAGUCAAUUCGUACCACCAUCCAGGGGCAGGUAUUGCACCUACGUUGCAGAUCGGCAAACUGAGGCCACAAAAGGAGCAGUGACUUGCCCAAGGCCACACAUCCAGGACUCUUCAGAGGCAGGAUUCGAACCGAGGGCCCGCACUAGGCUGCCACCUCUCCCGGCCUCUGUAGUGUUGUCUCUUCCUCUGUAUAAUUGUGGGGGGGGUCAUGGGGGUGUAAAGACCCCAUAGGGUCUUAGGUUUAGAGUUGGAAGGAACCUUGAGGCGGGGGUAUCCCGGACCCCCCCCCUUGCACUGAUAGUAAGCCAGGGGAGUCUGAGUCCUGCUGUCUGUCUGAGCCUUCCUCAGCCCAUUCCCCUGUGGCUUGGAGGUGAUCCCGUGAUGCCAGUGGACCGCAAGCUCUGGCACAUGUGCAUGAUGAGCUGGGGAUGGGUGGUGUCAGCUGUCCAGAGCCCCAGCUGAGCAGGAAGAGGAGGGCUGGAUUGACGGCCUGGGGGUGGACAGCCCUGGAUGACAGCACCAAAGUCCCCCUAUCAGAAUAAGAGCUGGUGUUCUGGGGAGUUUCCACACAAACAUGGUCUCGCCAUCAGCCAGUUCUGCAAGGAGUUCAAUGAGAAGACAAAGGACAUCAAAGAGGGGAUCCCCCUGCCCACCAAGAUCAUUGUGAAGCCUGACAGGACGUUUGAGCUCAAGAUAAGUCAGCCCACCGUUUCCUACUUCCUGAAGGCAGCAGCUGGCAUAGAAAAGGGAGCCAGGCACACAGGGCAUGAGGUCGCUGGGUUGAUCACCGUGAGGCAUGUGUAUGAGAUCGCCUGCGUGAAGGCUCAGGACAAGGCCUUCGCUUUGCAGGAUGUCCCCCUGUCCUCAGUUGUCCGGUCCAUCCUUGGUAGUGCCCGCUCGCUGGGUAUCCGCGUGGUGAAGGACCUCAGCGCAGACCAGCUGGCUGCCUUCCAGGAGGAGCGUGCCCAGUUCCUGGCAUCCCAGGCCCUGGCAGAUGCCGAAGCCGCCGCGGCAGAGGCGGCCAAGAAGUGAGCCCUCCACCUGCCCAGCCCCCCUCCGUGCCCCCAGGGUCGUUGGCUGCACGCACCUGGCGUCAGAGGGCUGGUGGUCACCUCUGACCCUACUUUACCUUUUAUGUAUCAUGGCAGUCUGUAAUUUAAAGGGCUAAAGACCCCAAUAAAUACUGUAUCAUUUA